AUGAAGAAAUUCAAAGAUAGUUUACACAUUUUCUCUCCAAAGAAUAAAAGAUAUAAUGACAUUAAGAAAAAUGAAAUACAAAAAGGUAUAAUCUAUGAAAUUGGAAAUGAAAUUGAAGAAAAUUUUGAUGAAGAUGUAGAAAAUAUAAAAUUUAAUGCAGAUGAUAUAUCAUCUUUUUUUGUAAAAAAUAAUGAAUUAGAGAGUAAGGAAGAAUACUUAUGGUAUGAAAAUAAAAAUGAUACAAAAAACAAUAUAUAUAAAAAAAUGGAAGAUAAUAAAAUGGAAAUAUUAUUUGAUCCUACUCUUAGUGGCCCUUUUAUAUGUUGCAUUGUAAUUUUGUCAAAAAAAGAGAAUGUAGAAAUGGAAUUUAUUUAUCCAAAUAUUGAUGUAAACGAAGAAAAUGUGUUAAACAAAAAAAACACAAAAAUAAUAACACCCUUUAAUAUAUGGUAUAGAUAUAAAGGAGAGUGGAUAGAAGAUAUAAAAAUCUUAAUUUUGGAAAGAAUGAGUUUAUUUAAAGAUAUCAACAUGAGUAACGUACUCUGUGAUUUUAAUAAUUUUAAAUCUAAUAACUAUGAAUAUAAUAUUCUUUAUAGUGUAAGUGGCAAUAAAUAUUAUUUAAUAGCUCUGGAUUAUUUAGAAGAUAAUAAAUGUAAAGAAAUUAUAAUGAUAAGUCAAAUUCCAUAUUUUAAUAUUCUUUCGAUGAAAUUGCAUUCAAUUAUUCAAUCAUUUGUAAUAAAGAAAGAUUACAAAAUAUUAGAGCAAUUUAUUGACAGUUUUUCUAUGGAUACAAUAUUUGAAGAGGUUACAUUUAAUGACUUUUAUAUAAAUUUAUCUAGAGAUAUAAAACAUAUAAAUAAUAUUAAAAUAAAGAACAUUUUAAUAUUUUUAAAAGCUGUAUUAUUAGAAAAAAAAAUUGCUAUAUUAUGUUCUAAAAAGGGAAUUGGAUGUAAGACUUUAUUAUUGUUUUUAUCAUUUAUUCCAGAUAUUAUAAAUUUAGGAUUUAAUAUAAGAAAUUAUGAAGAUAAAUUUGAAGAGUGGAAAAAAUUAAAAUUACCAUUAAUUUUAUUUCAUGAAAAAUAUAUUUUAUUAUUAUAUAUAGAUAAUCUUAAAGUAUUUAAUGAAUAUACUUCAGAAAAAAAUUAUUUAUUAUCUACAAACGUUAAUAGUGAUUUGUAUAAUUUUAUCAAAAAUGAUUCAGACAUUUUGUAUGAUAUAGAUAAAGAUACCUUAAUAAUAAGGAAUGAAAAAUUGAUUAAUGCAUUAGCAUUAACCAAAUAUGAAAAUAAUUAUUUAAAAAAAAUUCACUUAGAUUUUAAAUAUUUUUUUAAUUUAACUUCGUUUUUUGAAAAUAUAAAGCAAAAUGAUAAAAUAAUAAAUACUCAGAACAUAAAUUAUUCAAAUACAAAAAUUCACAAUAUCAAUAAUACCAGUAAAAUAAAUGAUAAAAUUUUAAAUAAUUAUAAUAAUAAAAAUAGUACUAAUAACAUUAAUAAUUACAAUGAGAUAAGUAAUGAAAACAAUAUUUAUAAUACUAAUCAUAUCAAUAUUAAUAACACUAACGAUAAUAAUACUGUUAAUAUUAAUAAAAAUAAUAAUUUAAGUAAUAAUAAUAUUUAUAAUAACAAUGAAAUAAAUAAAAUAGAAGCUAACAAUAAUAUGAAAAAUAAAAAAAUUUUAAAGGAAAAUAGUGCAAAUGGAAAUGAAAUGCAGAUAGAACAGAAAAAUAAAUUAGAUAAAAAUGAUAUAAAUGAAUUACAUAAUAGUAGAUUAAAUAAAAAAAUUCCAACAAAUGAAUAUUCUGACGAAAAAUAUGAAUAUAUUGAUGAUGAAGAAGAUAUUUAUAUUAUAAAUACGAGAUCAUCAGCUUUAAAAAAGAAGCAAUAUAAAAAUUGUAUAGGAAUAAAUGAAAACAUAGCGACUGGUGAAAAAGAAGGUAGUUUAAAAAGUGAUGAGGUGGAAAAAUAUAUUACUGAUUUAAGGAUCCACUUCCAUAUUUACUUUAAUGAUUUUUUUUCUUUAAGUAAAGAAAAUUUUGAAGAAGGGAUAAAAAAAAAAAAAGAAUUAUACGAACUAAAUUAUAAUAAAUUUUUUAUUGAAAUUUGGCAAGAAACUAUGAAUUACAACUUUUUUAUUGAAAAAGAUUUCAAAAUUAAUAAAUUUUUAAAAAUAGCAGAAUGGAACAAUGUAUUAUUUGAUAAAAAAAAUAUAGCGGAUUAUAAUUUUGUAGAUGAUAUGUUAAUAAUUGAAAAAAAGGAGGACAUAAAAAAAGAAGUAUAUAAAAAUUUAAUUCAAGUAUUAAUAAUAUCAUUAAAAGGGUAUAUAUAUGAAGGCUCUUAUUGUGUUAUAAAAAAUUGCAAAGAAGGAUUAGGAAAAUUUAUUUAUAACACAUACGGUAUAACAUUCGAAGGAGAAUGGGAAAAUGACCAAAUAAAUGGUUCAGGGCAUUUGUACACUAAUAAUUUUAAGUAUUUUGGAAAAUUUCAAAACAAUUUAUUUAAUGGAAAUGGUAUAUAUGUUGAUAAUUUAUUAAAUCAAUAUGAAGGAGAGUUUUUAAAUGGAUAUUUUAACGGAAAUGGAAAGCUUAUAUAUAAUGAAAAUACGUACAUUGGUAUUUUUGAAAAUAAUAAUUUAAUUGGUAAAGGAAAGAUUUUAUAUAAAAACGGUUCUAUUUAUACUGGGGAAAUAAAAAAUUUUUUACCUCAUGGUUAUGGUUUUUUAUCUUAUAAUAAAUCGACUGUAUAUGAAGGUUUUUUUAUUGGAGGAAAAAAAAAUGGAAAUGGUUUUUUAACGCUAAAUUACAAUUCCACACUGAAUGAUACAUUUUGUAUUGAAGGAAAAUGGAAAGAUGAUAAACCUGUGAUCAAAAAAAGCUUUAAUAUAAUAUUCCCAAAUAAAGAUAAAUAUAUAGGGAAAAUAUAUAUACUAUCAAAUUUGAAAAAUAUUAAUAAAGAUAAUAAUAUGUACGAUGAUACCAUGGUUAAAGAAAUAAGCAAAAAAUUAUUUAAUGUGAAAGAGUUGAUUGAAAAUAGAAUUACCUUUAUUAAUCUAGAUAAUAAUAAGAUUGUUAAUAGCACGAAUAAUAUACUAAAGGAAAAAAGUGAUAUUAAUAAUACUCCAAACAUUCGUUGCAUUAAUACCAUUUCCACAUUAAAAAGUAACAAUAAUUUAGAGGACGAAAAUUUAAAAAAAGAAAAUAUCCCUUUAAUUAUUACACAAGAAAAUCAUUUAAUAGAACAUAAUUGUUGUAAAAAUGAUAAUGAUAAUAAUUAUGAAAAUAUAAGAGUUCUUAAAAAGAAAAUUCUGAAAGAAAAACUUGAAAUUUUUGUCAAUAAAAAAGAGAAAAAUUUAUUGAGAAAAUCCUUUGAAAUAUUAGAUAGGAACUGGAUAUAUAAUAUUGAAAAAAAAUUAAAAAAAAAUAAAGAUGUUGUUGAAUAUUUACAACAGAAAAAGUUAUUUGUUAUUCCACAUAGUAAAGGAUUAAGUAUAUAUAAUAAAAAAAAAGAAAAUUAUGAUGGGAAUUUUUGCUUGGGUAUGAAACAUGGAUACGGUGUAUCAGUGUAUGAUAGCAUAAAUAGAUACGAAGGAUACUGGUUUAGAGGAAUGAAACAUGGUUAUGGCAUUUUAUAUGAAGGAGAUAAUAUAUUUUAUGCUCACUUUAAUAAUGGCAAAUUAAUUGAAAAAGAAAAAAUUUUACCUGAGAAUAUAAAUAAUUAUAAACCUAAAAAAGAUCCAAAUAUAAAAACAUAUAAUAAUUUUUUAUUAAAUCAAUCUUUUUUUGAUUAUAAACAUUUUAUAUCCUCUUUUUUACUCAAUUAUCUUUAA